AUGAGCGAGAUCGAGAUGGACGUCGGCGUCGACGCGGACCCUCCAUCGCCAGUCCUCCACAGCGUCAUUCCGAGUGUGUUCGCCGACCGCACCGGCGUCGCCAACUUGAACCUCUUCCAGACCCAAUACCUGGCGUCAAUCCCCAACCCUUCCCUUCCCAGCCCCUCGGCCUCCUACCCCGCUCACCCACCGACCCCACCCCAAGCCCGCGCGUUUCGAUGUGCCGACUGUCGCCGCCGUUUCCCGACCUACGACUUGUGGCAAGCGCACCGUACCAAGUAUUUCGGCCAAUGUGGGCGAAUUCGGAAAGGCCGACGCCGCGACCGCGACCGCGACAGUCCGCGCACGAUGGUGAAUCGCGAACGGCCGUACGCCUUGGCCCCAUCCCACCUGGACGUCGUCACGCGUAGCGCCGACAACCAUGAGAAUAGUCGACGGAUACCCCUGUUCCUCCCCGCCGACCCUCAUCUGGAUCACGACUCGGACAGCGAUGAGGUUAUCUGGCUCGACGACCACGGCGACGCCGUGCCCCAUGUUGGCCUCCCAAUCCAGAGCGCGAAAGCCGAGCCACAGUCGGACGACGAGUUGCGUGAUAUCCACGAGGUGGGUGCGCCGACGCCAGAGGAGCCGCCUCGGCGAUACGAGCCGGGGCGAGGAAAAGGCGGAAAAGGGCGAAAGGGCCACUGUAAAUGCCAUGAUUGCCCGCGACACGUUGAGGAGCAUAAGAGCAAGUCGAGCCAGAAUGCGGGAUCGAGCAAGCAAGCCCAGAGCCAGCACGGCCAGUCAAACCAGCACUGCCGGCACUCGCGGCCCAACUGCGCACAACAGCCCGAGUGCGAUCAUCACGCCCACUCUCAUUCCAACGAGGGGGAGGGGGAGGACGAGGACGAGUCCAAGCCCCGCUACUCUGCGGUCGGGCGCGGGUCAAAGGUCCUUAGUGGGGAGGUGCGGGCCAACAUCCUCGCACUCAUGCUCGGGCAGUAUGGUGGGCGUACGGCUGGGCCUGGGGCCCAUAUCCGGACCGUUACGAAUGGUGGGCUGGUUGGAUGGGAGGCGAUUACAGCUGCGGUUGGCGCGCGACCGCAGGACGCCGAGCGCGUGCGGCAGUGUGCGAAAGGAUUCAUGACGGAUCUGCCCGCCAUGAUUAAGCGCGGUCGUUAG